AUGCAAAACAAGAACAUCAUAAAGCUCAAGAAGUGGAACCUUGUUGCUCUUUGGUCACUUGACAUGAAAGUAGAUACAUGUGCAAUCUGCAGAAACCACAUCAUGGACACAUGUGUGGAAUGCCAGAAUAGCACCGUAACUAACGAAGAGUGCAAAGUAUCAUGGGGUGUUUGCAAUCAUGCAUUCCACACUCACUGCAUCGCAAGAUGGCUAAGCUCAAAAAACGUUUGUCCACUCGACACAAAGAAAUGGGUCUACUACGAUCCCGAACACAAAUAA